AUGGGAACAAACGAGACUCGGGUAAGCAUAAGCAACACAAUUUUCAGAGGAGUAGUGUUCGACGAGAAGAAUUCACACCCAGAUGGGAGAUUUAUCAUCUACAAUGUUCAGAUUGAUAUCCCACCAAAGAUUGUAUCUGAUGGCAUCUGGGGUAACACUGAUAUUGGCGCAUUACCUGAUAAAACGGUAGUGCCUCUGUUGGAAUUCCAAAUUCUCACCAUUUUCGUCGUCACACAAUGUUUUCAUCUGGUACUCAAGCGUCUGGGGUUCCCCUAUUUCGUUUCUCAAAUGAUGACUGGGUUUGUUUUAGGUCCUUCUCUCAAGAUAGAUUCGUUGAAAGAACGAAAAAGCUUGUUGUUCCCAUACGGUACUGAAGACUUGUUGAACCUAGUAUCAUCAUUAGGGUACACAUUCUUCAUGUUUCAAAAUUCGGUGCUAAUGGAUUUCAGCAUGAUAACGAGAACUGGGAAGAAAGCUUGGGCAAUCGCUCUUUCCUCCCUGAUGAUUCCAACGGUUGUUGGUCUGUCCCUGUGCUAUUAUUUCAUGGAGCACGUGCAGAAAACCCUAGGAGAGUUUGAUGGAGAUAAUCUCCCCGUGAUAGUAAUAGGGCACAGUGGUUGCUCCUUCACAGUGAUAGCUUCUCUUCUCUCUGAUCUGAAGAUUUUGAACUCUGAACUUGGACGCUUAGCACUUUCAGCAGCUCUUGUAAUGGAUGUGAUAAACUCAGUUGUGACAGGAUUAGGCACUGCUAUAAUAACUAGUCUUAAAACACAUCCUCACGAUGGUAGCAAAGGAGCUGAACUUGUGAUGUACGCUGCCACCAAAUACGUUCUUUUCGUGACAACUGUGAUUAUGAUCGGACGCCCCGCAAUGAAGUGGAUAGUGAGAAACACACCCGAAGGAAGACCUGUGAAGAAAGCAUACACCUUUGUGGUUGUCCUCAUGACCUUGUUGGCUGGGUUGUUCGGAUUGUUCGCUCACCAGACUGUGUUAGGUGGGGUUGUCCUCUUUGGCCUUCUUGUGCCAGAAGGUCCUCCACUAGGCUCUGAACUUAUCAAACAGUUUGAGUUGUUCACAACUUGGUUCCUUUUGCCGAUCUUUGUCACAUGUUGUGCCAUGAAGAUUGAUAUCUCCGCACAGAUGAAUAGCCAAUUGGUCGUUCCUGUGGUCACAGUAAUUGUUAUCGUGCAUUUGAUUAAGAUUCUUUUCACCAUUGGAAUUUGCAGCUACUGCAACAUGCCCAUAACCGACGGUUUAUGCCUUGCUCUCAUGUUGAGCUGCAAAGGUGUCGUGGAUUAUGUCACCAACGUCUUCCUCUUUGAUUCAAUGUUCUUGAGCAAUGAAACGGUUUCCAUGAUGGCCAUAUCAAUACUGGUGUUAGGAAGCAUUGCACGCAUCGGGGUGAAAUCCCUCUACGACCCAACAAGGAAAUACGCAUGCUAUCAGAAAAGGAACAUCCUGAACUUGAAACCCAACGCAGAGUUUCGAGUGGUAGCAUGCAUCCACAAAUCAAGCCACAUAAUGUCUGUAAAAAACGUUCUUGACAUUUGUUGCCCCACGAUAAGCAGCCCCUUAGUGGGUCACGUCUUGCAUCUGAAGGAACUGGUUGGUAGAUCCUCUCCCAUCUUCAUAUCACACCGUCUUCAAGAAAGGGUUGGCUCAAACCACAACUACUCCGAAGAUGUGAUCGUAGCAUUCGACCUCUUCGAACAUGACAGAGCGGGAACUGCGGUAGUUAGCACCUACACAGCCAUCUCUCCCUUACGUUUCAUGCAUGACGAUAUCUGUUACCUUGCAUUGGACAAAGUGGCUUCCAUCAUCAUUCUUCCAUUUCACGUGAGAUGGGAAGAGGAUGGUUCCAUCAGUUCAGCAGAUCAAAACAUAAGAACUCUCAACGCUAAGGUUCUUAGAAGAGCACCAUGCUCCGUGGGGAUUCUGGUGAACCGAGGAUCUUCUUCUUCUUCCUCUACUCACAACAACUGCAUCAUGACUAAUUCAGGGAAACGAAUAGCAGUGAUCUUUCUGGGGGGUUCAGACGAUCGAGAGUCAUUGUGCUUGGCUAAGAGGAGCAUGAGAGAUUGUUCUUGCAACUUGGUGGUGUACCACUUGGUUUGGGCCCACUGUGAGGCAAACUGGGAUAUGAUGCUGGAUGAUGAGGUGUUGAAGAGUGUAAGGGGGUACUAUGGUAGGCUUGAGAAUGUGUCGUAUGAACUUGUGACCAUUCAUCAAGCUUCUGAGACGAGUGCUUUUGUUUCAAGCAUUGCAAAUCAGCAUGAUUUUUUCAUAGUUGGGAGGCGCCAUGGUAUGAAAUCGCCGGUAACGGCAGCACUUGAGAGUUGGACGGAGUUUCCUGAGUUGGGUGUGAUCGGAGAUUUGCUUGCUUCCCCCGAUAGCAGAACCGAUGCUUCAAUUCUUGUAGUACAACAACAACAAACGUCCAAGGUUGUCACAAAAGAGAUAGAUAUAUAA